GACUGGGUGUGCGAGUUACCUCGUCCCAAACCAUGGUCUUGAACUGGCCUGAAAAUGAAUCCGUCGCCAGAAGACUUCGCCGAACACAUACGAAGCGUUCUCGAUAAAGGUAACACUGCACAAGCUUUAUCCAUAUUCAUCGAUAUCCGUAAUGCUGACAAUUUGAAAGACAACUCAUGUCAGCUCAUAUCCUUACUUUUUGUCUACCUCACAUCCGAAUAUGCCUCCAACCACAAGGACAUAUUCAAAUGCUGCGAAAUGCUCCUGUGGAUACUCACCGAACAGUCUAGUCCACAGAGAGCAUUAAUCCAGAUCAAAGAUGAAAUUGCAAGAUCCAACGAUGACAUGACAUUUCAUGCAUUACUUAAACCGCUUUCUAAAAUUUUGUAUACUGUCCCACAAAGGAAUUUGGACCCGCUAAUAUGCAGCUUAAAUGCCAUCGAAGUAUUUUUGAAACGGGUACCCCCCACCAGAGUCAUCAAUUUGGCAGUCAACAGAAAAAUAUUGAUGGCCAGGGAUGAAAGGACGGUUAGAAUAAACGAAUUGUAUACAACCACAGCGGCAUUCUACGACAUCAUAAUUAGCGAGGCUAAAUUGAAUGCAACCGAACACAAGACCAAAAUUAUUCAAAAAUAUUUGAUAAAUUUAUUAGGUGGACCCAUCGCCCAUCUUGAUAUGGAUAAUAUCCAAGGUAUUACAAAUAAAUCGAGCAGUUUAGCCCAGUUCCUAGUCAGAAAAGCGUUGGAGCUUUUCUUGGAUCCGAUGCAUGUUUUGAAGAUUAACCUGAGACACACCAAUGACAUAUUCCGGCCCCAUUUUUUGGGAGUCGCUAUACUGUUUUAUUUACUUUUCGCCAUGCAAGUGCGAGUAGGAAGCUAUCCCAUGGUGUAUGCUCCGGAAUACAUACUAAAGAACACACUGUACUUGGUGACGGAAUUGUUGAAGACACAAAACCAGAUUUCUGCACAGAAAGGACUGGAUUUGGCCACAGCUCUCUUCAAACCAUUCACACGAAAGAGAAUCCCUUAUUCGCUAUUUGAUACCAAGGACCACGAUGACUUUAUCGAAGCUUUAUCCGAAUUGAUAGCGAAUAACAAAAUGGAACACAUCAAAAGAAGAGGCUUAGAAGUUCUCAAAGACCAUCUAUGGUUAUUCGAUAUACACGGUUUUUACAUUCUCGUAGAUUAUUACAUACACAACGAAACAAACAGCUAUCUUAUUGGAUACGUUGUAACCCAAUACAAGGACCUACUCUCGCAAGAAUUGAUCAGAGACACGAAAAUAUCUGUGUACUGCAAGGACCUCCAUUUACAUCGCGUGUUGAAGCAGCUCUGUCAACUUGCGAGAGGUCCGAAAACUGACCUCGCAAGAGUGACAGACCAGACCCUCUCCAGCUUAUAUCUCUUGAAAUUCCUAGCGGUGCACGACAAAACCAAUUGUACCAACAUCUGGGGAUAUCUACCGCAGUUAGAGGUCACCUAUUUGCUACCUCUAACCAAGGCACUCAAAUACUCGAGGUCAGUUUAUGAGGAAAAAGUCCGGGAAUGGGAAGGUGGAAUGGUGUGUUGCCGGGACCUGCAACACCUGGAUUCUUCCCUGAAUUGGUUCGACGUAAUGGAACGUGUUUCCACCAGUUUACUUGAGUUAAUCAAAGAUAGGAAGGAGCACUAAUGACUACGUCAUUCACCUGUUUUUUUGUGUAAUACGAAGAUUUAUAUUAUAUUACUCUUUACAUUUUUAAUAAACAAUAUAUUAAUUUAUUAUUUA